AUGGCCAAGUUAAGUGACCCAAUUAGGCGUGUCGCGUGUGCUAUCUCGGGAGGAGUCGAUAGUGCCGUUUCUGCUUAUUUGGUUAAACGACAGGGUUUUGAUGUGGUUGGUGUAUUUAUGACAAAUUGGGACCAACGGGAUGAAAAAGUCAAAUGCUCAAUUGACGCCGAUAGGGAUGAUGCUAAAUAUGUUGCUAAGACGCUUAGAAUUGACUUUGUAGAAUUGAAUUUUGUGAAAGAAUACUGGAAUGACGUAUUCAGUAAAACCAUGGAAGUGUAUGCCAGAGGCAUGACUCCAAAUCCAGACAUUCUUUGCAAUCGAUUUGUGAAAUUUGAGAAAUUGUCUGAAUUUACACUCAAGCACUCUGCAAACUGUCAUCCAUCUAUAUGCGCAGACGCUUUCGCUACUGGUCAUUAUGCGCGAAAUUCAUUUGGCAAUUUCCUUGAAAAACGAAAUGAAUAUUCUCGUGCUUUUCUAUUGAGAUCCAUUGAUCGUGUGAAGGAUCAGACUUUUUGGCUUUGCAAUAUAUCUUGGAGAUAUUUGCAACAUUGCAUGUUUCCUAUUGGAGAUUUAACAAAACCGAAAGUAAAGGAAAUCGCUGCAUCGAUUGGUCUUGAAAAGAUUGCUAAGAGGAAAGAGUAUAUAGAACCAACUCGAGGACUUAUUAUUGAGUUAGAGACUGGGCGUAUCUUUGGUGAACAUUCUGGCGUUCAUCACUUUACAAUUGGCCAAAAGAUUCCUGGUGUUACUUGGGGUAAUGAAGCAUUUUACGUGACAAAAUUGGACGCUGAAUCUCAAGAAGUUUUUAUUGUUCAAGGUGAUAAUCACCCAUCACUUUAUAUGCAAUACUGUGUCACUGAACCUGCUGUGUGGAUAUCAGAAGAAUGUCCUCCUUUACCUUCAGAUGAAUUUCAUUUUCAGUGGCAGAAUAAAUGGCGCCCCAUAGGAUGUCGAAUAGAUAAAGAUGUCUCUUAUCCCCAUGCCUUAACUAUUUAUCUGCAGAGACCGAUGAGAUGCAUUGCCCCAGGCCAAUUUGCAGCUAUUUAUAAUGGAGAAGUCUGCCUCGGUGGAGCUAUGAUUAAAUCUUCCAGAAGUUUAUUCGACGAAGGAAGACAUGAGCCAUUUACUGAUUGGCGUAUUUCGGAUUUCGAAAAUUAUGCACGUUAUUCCACCGGUGGAGGAAAUUUUAUUCAAAAUUUCAUGAAGAAACUUAAGGAAGAGUCCGAUCGUGAUAAGCAAAUGAAAGAAAGCGUGAGGAAAUUCCGCGAAGAAACAGAGAAACUUGAGAAGUCAAAAGAAAUUCAGUCAAUGCGUGCAUUCUAUAAAAAAAUUGAAAGCGAAAUUCACACUGAUACAAUGGAAAAAGUUAAGGAUCAAUUUGAAUCUGCCGCUAAAAAGCUCAAAGUGGAGGGUGAAAAUUUGAAGAAACAAGAGAUAAUUCGUAAGAGUAUCGAGGGUAUAUCGAGGGCCGGUGAACAAAUCGCUGGUGUGUCGCGAUCAAUUGGAAAGACAGAGUUCGUUAAAUCCGCUAGAGAGAGUUUGGAAGCAUUAGAACAGGAGCUUCAGUCUGAACGUGCUCUGGUUUAUCGUGCUCCUGAUAGACCCAGAACUCGAGCUGAAAUUACUGGUAUUUCUCCUGAGAGGAUCGUUGAGGCUGAUAUGGAAUCUUCUGGAAUCGUGCUUCAUAAGGACUCCAAGUGGAUUGAUGCCUGGGAAAAAUUCAAGGACAAUAAUCAGUAUGUUCAAAAAUUUUUUGACUUGAAAACCAAAUACGAAGAAAGCGAUCAUCUGUUAGCGUACAACGUCCUCGCUACCCCAAUCAAGACAACUAAAGAACUGGGCUUCCACUUGGACUCUCGAGUUCUUGACGUCAACAACAUUGAUGUAUGUAUGGGCAAGAUGAUGGAACAGGGACCCGUCCUGAUCAUCACUUUUCAAGCCCAGCAAAUCCAAUGCAUUCGCGAUACCAAGGGAGCUGUGAGGGAGGGUGACCCGGAGAAAGUCCUUCGAGUGACCCAUGUUUGGGCCCUCUGCCGCGAUCAGUCGGAGCUAAACCCCUGGAUGGCUUGGCGUGUCAUUGAUGUUGCCAUGAUGCCUUCUGAACAGUGGAUGUAG